GAUGCGGGAGUUAGGGUUAGGCUGGGGAGUGAGAAACCACGGCGACUGUGCCUUUGGCCGAGGAGUCAAAGCGCGCUGGAAGUGAAGGGGCUGUCUCGUCAGGGAUAGAGACGGGAAAAGCGAUAAAUCCUGAGGAACACACUCCCCCUCCCCCCCCCCCCCCAUAUUUUCCAGGAUGGAAGGAAGCCCGAAGUUUGAGGGAGAAACUUGUGAGGAAAUAAAGGAAGUUAGGCUGAGGGGCAGAGAGCGAGACUUUUCUAUUUUCCAAAAGCUCGGUCUGAGGCCCCUCAGUCUUGCUUCCUACCCCGCGCUUGAGUUUCUCCCCGUUUGGAUGCCUUGAGGGGCAGUGAGAAGAGACCACCCCUGGCUUCCUUAGCGGGCCUUGUUCUUGCCGCUCAAGUCCCGGUUCCCGCCGUCCCUUCCGGUUUUAGGAAAAUGUGCUGAGAAACCACAGGAAAGGGUAUGGGCUUAUUUUGCCAAAGAAAGCACAGAAGUUGCACCCUGUUUUGCAAAAACCAUCAGUGUUUGGGAAUGAUUCUGAUGAGGAGGAGACCAUUUAUCUCUCAGGACAAAGACUGUUCUUGUUUUUCUGAUAUCUUCAGGAGCUAGAACAAUGCCAGAUAUGACCUCCGUGAGUGAAAGCCUUCAGAGGGAAGCUGCUAAAAAGCAAGCAAUGAAACAGACCAAACUGGAAAUCCAGAAGGCCCUUGCAGAAGAUUCCACUGUAUAUGAAUAUGAUAGUAUUUAUGAUGAAAUGCAGAAAAAAAAGGAAGAAAAUAAUCCUAAAUUGCUUUUGGGAAAAGACCGAAAGCCCAAAUAUAUUCACAACUUACUAAAAGCAGUUGAGAUCAGAAAAAAGGAACAGGAAAAAAGAAUGGAAAAGAAAAUACAGAGAGAACGAGAAAUGGAAAAGGGAGAAUUUGAUGAUAAAGAGGCAUUUGUGACAUCUGCUUAUAAGAAAAAACUGCAAGAGAGAGCGGAAGAGGAGGAAAGAGAGAAGAGGGCUGCUGCACUCGAAGCACGUUUGGAUGUAACCAAGCAGAAAGAUCUCAGUGGAUUUUAUAGGCAUCUAUUAAAUCAAGCAGUUGGUGAAGAAGAAGUCCCUACAUGCAGCUUUCGUGAAGCUAGUGUUAUAUUAUUUUUUUAUAGGUCUGGGAUAAAGGAAGAGAAACCGAGGGGUUAUUCUGAUGAAGUAACUUCAGAGAACAGAAUACCAUCUGAGAAAUGCAUUCUCCAAACUACUGUGAAAGUAGAGGAAAACCCAGAUGCAGACAGUGACUUUGAUGCUAACAACAGCGAGGAUGAUGAACUGGAAGAAAAUAAUAAAGUGAACUGCAGAAGGGAAAAGAACAUAGAGACCACUAAGAAUGACUCCAGGCAUCACAGGAAUCAAACCCACUCACGGUCAUCUAGCGAAGAAAGAGAACAUGGUACCAAAAGCCACACAAAAAGUUCCAAGUCAAGAGGACAUGAGAAACGGGAAGAUCAGCACCAAGAGAGACAAUUCAGGAACCAGGAGAACUAUUAUACUGACCGUGAUUACCAAAAAGAAAAGAAAGAUUCCCAUAGGCACAGAGAUGCCAGUCAUAGAGAUUCCCACUGGAAGAGGCAUGAACAAGAAGAUAAACUGAGGGGAAGAGACCAAAGAGAAAGAAAUGACAGAGAAUGGAAAAGGGAGAAAGACAGACAGAAAUAUCCCACAAGAGAACAAGAAAGAGAGAGACAUCGAAAUGAUCAUGACCGACACAGUGAGAAAGGAGUAGAAAAGGAAGAGAAAAGCAAAGAAAAGGAAGAACAUACGAAAGCAAGGAAAGAAAAAUAUGAAAACAGAGAUAGAGAAAAACGAGAAAUGAGUGUUCAAUCUUCAGAAAGAAAGCGAGACAGAAAGGAAAACAGCCCGAGUUCUAGGGCAAAGGAUAGGUUUCUUGACCAGGAGAGAUCCAAUAAAAUGAGAGACGUGGAAAAGGAUAAAGAAAGUAACCCAGAGAAACUCUCUAGUUCUGAAACAUCACCGGGCGCAAAACACAGAACCACUGAGGAAUGCCAAGAGAUGGGCAAAGAACAAGAGAGGCCACACGAGACUGUGAACAAGUUUGCAAAACGGAACAAUGAAGAAACUGUAAUGUCAGCUAGAGACAGGUACUUGGCCAGGCAUAUGGCACGGGUUAAUGCUAAGACAUAUAUUGAGAAAGAAGAUGAUUGACUUGGUGGAAUAUGCUGUGUGAACACAUGAAAGGAGUGUUAAUAGUGGUAAAAUACGUUUUCAAAAUUCAUUAUUUGUUUAGGGUUAAGUCAAAAGUCAGUCUUUUUUUCUUAAAUGCUUGACUGAAUCAAUAUAUAAUAUUUACAUAUCAAUACCACAUUCUUGGUUGUAUUUAAGCAGCCUAAAGAGUGUGCUAAGUCCCGUCCCGGUAGAUACUUUAUGAGGAAAAUUGGCUCUGCUAUAACCAUUAAAAGAUAAUUUAAGCAACUCUCCUAAUGUUGGUUUUGUUGCAGGAGCUGUUUAUUUUAUAAAUAUUGUGUUUCCUAUAAAAUUAAGUGAAUUUGAACAUAGAGAAUAUUGUUAUACUUUAUGUUUUGAAAUUUGUAUUAAAAUAUAAAAUAUGGGCAGAUAUAUAUCUUGUUAGCUUGAGCAUAUUUGGCUUAAAUGAGAAUAAAAAUGGUGAUAUGUUUGUACUUCUAAUUUAUGCUCUAAUUUUAAAAGAAAUAUCAUUUGUACACAAUUGCUCCCCAUUCCCCCACCGUUAAAAAUUACUUUCAUUGAAUUCUGUGACCUCACAAGUGAGUAAAUUGGUUGUGUAUAUAAAUCAGUUUUAGCUAAGUGUGAAAAGAUGGAGACAUUUAGUCCAAAUGAUAUUAGCUAAAGAUCCAGGUGUCUAUUUAUGAAUGUGUUGUUUUAUAUGCUCUAAAAUAUACAGCUUAUUACAACUUCCAUUUAUGUGUCAAAACUGAAAUCUCUAUGCUGUCUUUGAAAUUUACCAUUUAAAAUGAAAUAUUAUAGCCCUGACCGGUUUGGCUCAGUGGAUAGAGCAUCGGCCUGCGGACUGAAAGGUCCCAGGUUCUAUUCCGGCCAAGGGCAUGUACCUUGCUUGCGGGCACAUCCCCAAGAGGAGGUGUGCUAGAGGCAGCUGAUCGAUGUUUCUCUCUCAUCAAUGUUUCUAACUCUCUAUCCCUUUCUCUUCCUCUCUGUAAAAAAUCAAUAAAAUGUAUUAUAAAUAAUU